AUGUCGGUAGCCCGAUACGCGCAGCCUGCGACUCCGCAAAAGGCCGCGACACCAUCUGCCCAGACAGAACAGCCAUACACUCCCAAUGGCUCCUGGCGACAUCCCAAGUUUGACGAGAUUGCGCGCCGCCAGUACGCUACCACGUUUGAUGAGCGCAACGUCAGGGCCAUCGUCCUGAAUGCAGGCUUCCUGUUUCUCUCAGUAUAUGGUACUAGAGUCACUGAGAAGGUGAAGCUACUGGAAUACGCUGCAACACCGAUCAACGCUGUCGUAAAAGCUGUUCCCUACAGCGCAUGGGCCGUCCUUCUCGUCCGCAUCGUAUUCGCCGCCAAUAUCGUCAUCGCGUUCCUCCCUCUCAUCCGUCGCUACUACCCCGAUGAGAUUGCCGACAUACCUCUCACGCCCUCACAGCGCGCCUCCAUGGGCCUGAAAGCUGGCGUCCAGGCGCCCCAAUCGCCAGGCUCUGCCUUCGCAUCGCCGAACUAUGUCACGCCUCCCCGAUACCAGCGAUCAACGCCGCGCAGUAACAGCUUCAGCAAUCAAGAAUUCGGCUCCGGGUCGCCAAACUUCGGAAGGUCUGGCUCGGGCUCACCGUUUUCACCAAACAAUGGAGGAAACUUCCAGAGAUCAAUGAGCGGGUCUUCUGCGACGAAGCGGUUGAGCUAUGGUGGCAGUUCGAUGAGCAGUAGCUUGUUCGGUGACAGCUCAAGCAGCAUGACGGCACCGGGCACCCCUACGCCCUCUACUGGCAAAGCGAGUGUCGGACUGAACAGCAAAUGGCUGUACGAGAAGCGGAGAGACAGCAGGAGCGGCAUGUUUGCGCAGUAA